AUGGAAAUCACUUGGAAUAAUAAUACUAACAGUAACACCGUUACAACUAAUUCAUCAGUACCAAACAUUACUGAGACUGUUUUCACUAAUAACAACACUGUUGGUCCUAAUGACACUCCAAACGUCAUUCCGAACAGUGACAAUAAUAUUUUAAUCAAUGAUCGAGUCUCAGGAAAUCAUGUUAUGGUUACAGAAAAUGGUGAGGGUGUUAAUGGUUUACGUAAACCACGUCGUAAAACAACACAUGCUCAUUUAUUAAAGUCGAAAACAUUCUACAAAACCUUAGACAGAUUUCUAGGUCGAAAUCUACCCUUAAAACAAUUAACGAAUGCUUACAAAAGUCACGUAACAUCAAAUAAUCGACUUCCUAGUGUUGAUCACAUCUCAAUACGUAGUCAUGAUUCAAUAACAGACAUCCUAGAAAAGUCUGUCUACAUACCAGCACUUCUUAGAGCUCGCAAACAUCAUUGUCGUGUAGUACUGAAUGUUGGUGGCGAACGACAUGAAGUAAUGUGGAAGACUCUAAGACGUCUGCCGUUAUCUCGUCUUGGCCGGUUGAGUAUAUCAAAUAAUCCUGCAGAACUAGCUCAGUUGUUCGAUAGUUAUUCAAACGAGAAAAAUGAAUUAUAUUUUGAUCGAUAUGCACGUUCAUUUGGUUCAAUCCUUGGUGUUUACCGUACAGGACAUUUACAUUUUUUGGAAGACGUUUGUGUGGUGGCUUUUAAAAAUGAUUUAUUCUACUGGGGUAUAAAUGAAUACCAAUUAGAAACGUGUUGUUAUUAUAAAUAUUAUUUAAAAAAGGAACAGGUUCAAGAAGAAUUGAAGAAAACUAGAGAAAUAAACCUAUCUCAGGCUCAAGAAGAACAAUUUGGCACAGGAAGGUGGGCUACUUUGCAAAAGUAUGUAUGGGACUUGGUUGAAAAGCCUCAGACUUCAAUGGCUGCUAGAAUAUUUGCUGUAAUUUCAAUAGCUUUCAUCAUAUUAUCAAUAAUUGGGUUGAAUUUAAGUACAAUACCUGAACUACGUGGAAAUUCGUCUGGAAUUAAUCAUGAUAAUCAUACCACAAGUAAUGCAGAUUAUGUAAACGAACAUUUGGAAACGUUAGAAUCAAUUUGUACAAUAUGGUUUACAGUUGAAUAUGCAUUACGCUUAUCAGUUGCACCAAAUAAAUGUACAUUUAUUAAAAGUCCAAUGAAUCUUAUCGAUGUUAUUGCUAUACUACCUUAUUAUUUUUCUGUAAUUUUUGAAGUAUGGCUUCAUUCACCAUUAGAUUCACUUGUAUCUAUGCGUAAAAUUGUACAAAUGUUUCGUAUUCUGCGUAUAUUACGCGUUUUUAAAUUAGCACGUCAUUCGCAAGGUCUAAAAGCACUUGGUUAUACAUUAAAGCAAUCUUAUAAGGAAUUAGGUUUAUUAAUGCUAUUUGUUGUACUUGUUGUUCUAUUAUUUUCAAGCUUAGCUUAUUUCGCUGAAAAAGAUGAUAAUAAGAAUGAAUUUCAAAGCAUACCGGCUACAUUUUGGUGGGCUAUUAUCACUAUGACAACAGUUGGUUAUGGUGAUAUCACACCAAAAACGGUAUUAGGCAAAGUGAUUGGUUCAGUAUGUUGUAUAUGCGGUGUGCUUGUUGUCGGUCUACCAAUACCAAUUAUUGUUAAUAAUUUCGCUGCAUUUUAUCAUGAUCAAAUGAGACGUGAAAAAGUUUUAAAAAGACAAGAAGCUCAUAAUGAAGGUUGUCAGUUGGGAAAUACGAAUUUUUUGAAAAAGUCAAAUAUAAAUCAGAAAGCGUUAUACAAUAAAAGAAGUUUCAAUAUUAUUAGAGAUCGUUAUUCAUUAGGUUCAAUAAAAUCGGAAAAUGCUAUUGAGCGUGGUUAUCACAGUAAUUAUAAUAGUUGUUGUAAUAAAUUGAUAAGUGAGGAAAUGAACUUUAUAAACAAAGAAAUAGGAAUCAUUAAUCCUAGUGAUAAUUUAAUUAGAUAUAAACAAGUUAGUCUGAGUGUGAAUGAUGUCGAUAGUAUGGCUUGUGGUGAAUAUUAUUCAUGACAUUUAUGUUUAUACAAAUAUAAAUCGGUAGUAUGUUUGAAAAUGGGACUAUAUCAUACGAAUAAAAUCAGCUUGAUCUUUUUUCCUCCAUCUCUUUGUCUAUCUCUUAAAAGGUUUUUUAUUCAUUUUUUCUUAAUCAUUAUUUGCACUUCAGUCAACUGAUGUUAUGAACUAUUCACACCAACAGAUAAAUGCUUAAAUUUUUCCUUUAUGUUCUUACAAUUUUUUGUACAACUAUUUGUACGAAUUAUCUGAUGAAACAGACUGUUUAUAAAC